GAAAAUGAAAUUUUCAUGUUUUCAUUGCCACUUUCGGACAGACCCGGUUCCGACCUAAUAAGCAAGCUCAUACUACAAGACCAACGUAUAAUGAACAUAAUAACGAAGGAGUUAAUUGGCAAACCAUACUGUGAGAAUCUUUACCAACUCGGUCAGACCGAGUGGAGUGAUUCAAGCAAAUCAGACGUGGUAUACGUGCCACUCCGUCAGUAUCAGAAGUCAUUGCCACCCAUUCUGAUUGAAGUGCAGCAUGGAAUUGACAAUUCCUUCUUGACUCGGCUUAUGAAGUACGCUAUAAGCGUAUACGAAGUAUAUGGCCAAGAGCCGCUCGUGUUCGUCAUUGGGGUCGGAAGACCAGUCCCUCACACAAUCAAGGACCUCUUAACUGAGGAUGAAGAGAGACCAUAUUUGUGGCCGCUUAAAGUUGGUUUUUGGAAGACACCAUUCCUCAUCGCAACCACAGAAUCGCUAGCAAAACAGCUAGAGAAAAAUCUUUUGCCACCGCUUGCCGCCAUUGCACUCUUUUUUACGGCACAGAAACGAUGCCUUUUAGGAAUGGGGAAGCACAGGCACGACCCAAACAUCAUUCUCCUAUACAGAAUCGCCAAAGAAAAAAUGCAGAAAGAAAUCAAGACCGAAGCCGAUAAACGAGAUAUUAUUUCGACCAUCUGCAAACAAACGGAGAACCAAGUCAGCAAAAUCCUUGAUAUCUUAAAAAAAGAGAUCAUUUUCCCGGACGAGCUGGACGAUGCAAUUAGGUAAAUUCCAUUUUAUAACUUUAGUAAACA